AUGAGUCACUCCCCUUUCUUUCCUCCGCCAAAACUGACCAUCCGUGGCGAGCGUCUGCGUCUCUGCCGCCCGCCGUGCCGUUCCGCAUUCCCUCCGCUUCCCGUCCGUUUCCAAUUUCGAUCGCAAAACAAACAAACACACUCAUACAUACCUUCUCGUUUCCCCGGUGCCUGCUUGCACUCGCUUAUUACAAUUAUAUUCCCUCCUUCUCUCGGCUACACUUUUCCUUUUUUCUCCAUCUGAAACAACGCGCUCGCCUCUCUCAAGAUAGUGUCAAGAUCGACGAAGCAGGCGGCGCAGCGACGUGCGCAGAACGCCGCCGUCGUCCAUCUGAAUGCGGACGCCGAAGAGGAUGACUGCUUCCAUCGGAUUCCGUUCGCCUCGCUCAUCGGCACCUUGCUCUGUGUGCUCGGAGUCGUUCUCUUCGCAAUUAUGAUGUCCUGGGCGUUCAAUGCGACGGCGGAGCAGACGAGACGGUCUCUGAGGAUCAACGACUGGCCGUGGCUCGACAAAGUUCAGGUGUUCUUCAUUGUCAUCGCCGUGCUCAUGGGCCUCUUCUCGCUCUUCUUUUUGUGCAUUGGCUUCACAGCGACUGGAGGAACCAGGGAGACUAUGUACAAAGGUAAUGCUCUCUGCAAUAACUUCAACUUGACCGUACCUUCAGACGACGAAGCUAGAUGUGGAGGCAAAGUCGCUUGCGUCAUUGCAAUGAUCUUCGAUGUGCUUCUGGUCAUCGCGUGGCUGUUUAUCAUCUCGAUAGUCUCUUGGCUCUGCAUCUUCUACUACUUCUUCGACCGUCUCUGUCUCGAUCUUCCCGGUUACACCGACGGCGAUUGCAUCGAUUUGCACGUGUUCUGGCCGUUAGUCUCCUCAUUUGCCAACUCGAAUCUCCGAAUGUGCGGUGGAGACGUUCAGCAGUUCUGUGCUCUCACCUCCACCGCCUUCACUUGGUACGUCAUCGGAUGGGUCGGCUGCGUUCUCAUCAUUCUCGGAAUCCUUCUGUUCUUCGGAAUUCAUGCGUCAAACUAUGCUCACAUCGGAAAUGCGAACAGGUAGGAAGAUUUGUUUUGUACUUAGAGACUUUGAAUCGAGAAUGUCUGUUUCAGGUAUGUAGAGCUGGGGAAUCUGAGAAUGGUGGAUCACCGAGAUUCUGGCGACGAUCGAUUAGGGAGGGGCCGACUUCCGGAGAAGUUUGAGGUGCAGUCAACGCAAUGGAGCGAUUCCAGGGCCAAUUACUCAAUGCGGUUAGUUUCAAUCAUUCGUCUUUCGAACUGGAACUCAUUCCUCUCAGAACCACAACGAGCAGACAGGCGGAGCACAUGUCCGACUCGGUCAGCCAGUUCGACAACCGCAGGGACAAACGAAAACCGGUUUUCUGA